AUGGUAGCUUUUCCUGAUCCCAAAUUCUUUAACAAAAAGUCAGUCAAAUACGGACUUCCUUUUCUUGUAUUAAUAGUUGGAGGUUCGUUCGGACUAAAAGAAUUUACACAGCUUAGAUAUCAGUUCAGAAAAGUAUCCCCAUUAUCACGUGAAGAAUCCAUGAAAAUGGGCCUCGAAAAAAAACGGCCCGAAGAAGUCACAUUAGAAAUUGAAUACGAGAAAAUUAAAAAGUUGGAUAUUGAUAAUUGGGAACAAAUAAGAGGACCUAGACCUUGGGAGUAG